CGUCUCAAUCAAACGUUACGUGUUGGCUACCUAUAUGUGUUAAACUCUUUUUUCUUUUGUUUCCUUCUUCACUAUCUCGGACUUGUUUUCUUAUAUAUAGUCGCUGGGACCGAGUCAUUCAGGGUGGUAGGUGUGGUACAGUUCUCCAUCGACGAAGAGACUCAGAUCAUGUUCUAUUUAUCGAUAGAUCUUUAGGGUUUCCAGUCAUGUUUCUUCAACCUUGGGGAAUGUCUUUCAUACAGACACUAAGUAACUUGCUUGCCUAGACUUCGUUCAACAUGGGAGAACUUCGGCCGCGAUUGGUUCAGACAGAUCACGCUUCUCUGGACUACGAUCGUGGCGGUCAUGGUUGAAAUAAAGCUUAACUUGGUAUUCGAGGAUACAAAGACUUCUAUACACGUAAUUAGGCAGAGAGCAUACAUGUCAAGGACCACCUUCUUCAAAAAGCAUACUCCCUUCUCCUCGAAGCACGAUAUUUUUCAACUUCAUACCCCAUACACAAGCACACCCGCAGCAAUGUCGAAAUUCAAAUGUCUACCAGUAGACAUCCAUCUCGCCAUCAUGGAACGAUUGAAACCCGAGGAAAUCCAGCCAUGGAUCCGAGCAAGUCCCGACGCACUCAGAUGCUAUUCCGCCUUCAGCUUCAGAAUUCUAAAGAAAUAUAUCCGGGCGAUAGGCCUGAUUUCCGAUCUUCAAACUAAGGUCUCCGAUUACGAGUUGCAGAGUGUCGAGAUCUACGACACAUCCGACCCUUCAGCCGACCCCGAAUUCGGCGUCACAUCCGAGACCACUAGCCUCGGCUGGCCAACGACCCAGAUCACCAUGCUGGCUCUACUGAGGCUCUUUGUAGAAGCCCGCGCUCAUAGACCCAAGGUCGAUCGUCUUCACUCCAGCCUCUGGUGGGAUGCAACACUUGAUCAACAAUUGUGGGAGGACGAAUGCAAACUUAACUCGACGUUUGUCGAUUUGUUCAAAAGGAGCCCACGGAAUCACACCACAGAAAUGUUCAUGGCGAUGUUUGAGGAUUUCAUCCCGACAUAGACUGGAUAUAGCCGUGAGAACAU